UUUUGUAGGUAAAUCUUUAAUAUUUCACAUCCCUGUGCCUGUUCGUUUCCCGUGUGUUCGUUUUCAUCACUAACAUGUUGUCGCACGUAAUAAAGUGGGUUCGUCUGUGGCUCCCAAUUCUAGGUUGAUCUAGGCCUGAUCAUUGACAGGCAGUAUUUUAGUAACGCGCAUGGCGCAUGGCCUUGUGGUUCUGGAGUUCGCUUUCUAAUCACAAGGUCUGUGGUUCGGUCCAAAGGUCGGGCAUAUUUAGCGAGUGCCUUUACCACAGCUACGGGUCAACCCAUACCAUGUAAGGAAAAUUGGGUAGGUAUUGCCGGUGUAUACUUAAUGUAUACAUUCCGAACACAGGACCCACAUUGAUAACAGUGUAUCCAACGCUGGAGUGGCUUUCCUGUAUAAAUAUUCGGAAUAAUAAUAACAAUAAUUUCAAUUUCAUACCUACUUUUGUUUGUCUUCACGCACUUCACCAUGCAAAGUCAGGUAUUAGUAUUGGUAUUGAAACUCCCAUUUUUUAUAGAGACAGGAAGAAAUACGCCGUACCAACCUUUACUCACGCAAAAUGAGAUCUCACGUGAUUUCAGCAGUUUUUGUCAUUUUUCUCUCUGCGGUGAGAUGUCAGAAAUAUCUCCGACUAAAUGCAACGAUGCAAAGAGCUAUUUUGCAGACCGGAAGAAAUAUUUUUGGUGUUGAUGGCGAUGGCCGUUUGACACAGUCUUCAAAAGGAAUUCGAAAACCAAAUUCAGCAAAGACAUUGGAUAUGCUGCAACAAAUAGAUGGUGAAAACUAUCCACAUAAAGGGAAGAAAAAGAGGAAAGGAAAGCACAACAACAAAAAAGCAUGGUCACUAAAAAACAUGGGACCAAUUGGCCCACGUGGUCCCCCUGGUCCCGCUGGAAUAGAAGCAUCUGUAACAAGAGUCAUAUCAAAAUUAAGAAGAGUGCUUCGAACCAAAACUUUGCAACCACAAACGCGAAGCGGAAGGUUUACAUCAUCUUUGUCAAACAUGAUGGCAGUGGCUAUUCCUGAUAUAUUAGCAGGCUUCUCUGCAACAACUGAAUCAAGCACACGUCUAGUUCCUAAAAGUAAUACAGAAUUAAAAGGAUACGAGGUGUCAAAAACUGGAUGCUUUGUACGAGGCAGCGCAAUAGAUCUUACUACUGGUCGCUUCACUGCACCCAUAAGAGCAAUGUAUAGCUUUCAUGCAACUAUCCACCUUGCUCUACCACAUGACGUUAAAGAUUGGGUUCGAAAAGAUUUUUUGACAGUCCACAUAUGUAUUGAUGGAAAAUGCAGCAAAAACUCAGGUAUCAAGACAACGUCUGGGAUUGGAACCAACAGCAGAAUCUUUUCAGUGAAUGUGAGUGGACACUGUUAUCUCCAGGCAAAACAAUAUGCAUCCAUUUACGUUCGCAACAACUCGCCCCGGCACCUUUUAGUUGCACUCAGAGGUUCAUAUUUUACUGGCAUGAUGGUUGGAACAUAGUUGGAUAUAACUGGAAUAUAUUCAGUUGCAAUCGAUGGGUAAUAUUGCGACUCUUGAAUAAAAGUUCAUUGUAUAUAGUGUAGAUAAAAUAAGUCAAAAUGUGUAAUUUAUGUCCAAUUCCAAGUUCUUUUCCUGGAAGAGAAUUAAAAAACUGAGUAGUUGCUAUAAAAAUUGAACUACUUUGGAAGAGCAACAAUAUUAAAGAUUAACGAUUCUAUACCCUGCCACUUAACAAGUCAAGCCCAGCUCAAGCAACAUAAUUUUAUAAAAGCAUUUUUAAAACAUUUCUCCAAUUAUUUUCUGUUUAAGUUGGCUUUAGGAGACAAACAGGUCUUUACGAAUGUGUGUAGAUAUAUGUAGAUAUAUGUAAUUUAUACCAAAUGGUGAAUUGCGAAUAAUUUGCUGCAAAGGCUACAAAUAAGAGAGCA